AAAGAACUCUGUAAUCUCAGAAGAAAGAAGAAUACGAUCGAGAGAGAAGAGAGAGUGAAGAGAGAGAAGAGAGAGAAAUUCUAGAUCUACUUUAGGACCGGCGGUUUGGCCGGCGCGUGUGCGUCCGUGCCACCGCCGGUUCUCUUUCUUUUCAGUUGUUAAGAUCCGUAUGUGCUCCUCCUUCGCCGUCCGGUCAUCGUGCGCCUUGUCCGAUCUCUGGCUCCGCUUCUACCCUUGUCGGUGGAUCGGCUCUUGGAGUUACGACGCGCCAGGUUGAAGGGUCUCGGUGGAGAGGGAGCGUCUUUGCAAGCUCAGCGGUUGUGUCCCGGGGGACGGAGGCUUACCUAGAUCCGUCGGCGUCGGGUUGUUGCGGGAGGUGGAGGCUUGCGCAGCUCCACCGUCGCCGUCUUCGGUUUCCGGGAAGGGGAGUCUCUAUCGUCUCCGCCUUCGCCGGCUUUGUUCACGGAGGGUGGAAGCUCACAAAGUUCCGAACUGCCGUUUAAGAACCCGAGGUCUUUUGGGUUAAAGCUACCAGUUUUUUUGGUGUCUUGAUCGGCGGUGUGCCGGGUAAGUUGGUGUUUAGGUCACGGCGGUUGGUUUCUCGGUUGACGAUGAAGCUUUCCGGCAUCGGUGACGAGGGUCAAAGGAAGAAAGUUUGUGGUUAUCGUUUCGCAUGUCCAGUGUUUGAGGUGGUUCAAAGUCGGAGGUAGCCUCGAGGUAUCGAUGGCAACCGCUGGCGUGAAGACAUGGCGGAGAAGCUCAGUUUGGUGUACGGUUUUCUUAAUCAGAUGAGAUCUCGAUUAGAUCGAGGAAUCUCUCUGAAGCAGAAGCAAAGCGUAGUAGAGAAAGGAUGGUUUAGUCGGAGGCUCUGCGGGAUUCUGAGCUCCGACGUAACGAGAGGUGGUGUUUGUGGUGACGACGGCGUAUCGCAGAAGAGAUUGGUCUUCUCGAGGCGGACUGGAGCGUGGUUCUGCCUGAAGUCGUCGGUUUUUUUUGGGUUGGGGCGUAGGCCCAUUUAGUUGGCUGGUUUGUGGCCUUUUUAUGGGCAUGUGCCCUUAUAAUAGGUGGGCUUAGGCUGUGUAUUUUUGGGUUCGGCCCAUUGCAUUUCUAAUAUAAAUUCUUGACGGAAAAAAAAAAAAAAGAACUCUGUAAUCUUCAUAUAGCAGAAAUUUGCAUUUUCUGUCCAUCUACUUGUGUUACCAUAGAUAGAAAAGUUUCAGUCUGUUACUUAACUCUUUUCUUCCCCUCGUUUUCACAUUUCUUUCUCCUCUCUUGUGUUCAUACACAUCUACUCUUCCAAACCCCAUUUUAGGGUUUCCUCAUAUAAGUAAUCUCACUAUUUCAUUCAUAGCAUCUGACUUUUCUCGUCUCCCCCUUGAGUUUUCUUACAAGUUACAAAGUACCUUGCUUUGCUUUGUAUUUGUAUAUAAGAGGUUUACUUAGGUUUACACAAUAAAUAUACACCCAAAUCCAGAAUAAAAAGGAGAACAUGAAUUGUCUGUUCAUGUUCAAGUCGAAGAAACCUAAAUCAAGAAGACAUCUCAAGAAAGAGAGCAAGGACAUAAGAGGAAGACACUUAUUACAAAAGUCAGCUCCAGAAUUAUCGACCACAGGAAAGAACCAGACGACGUCUACUUCGUUCAAUCUCCCAACACCGAGAUCUCUGCCGUCUCCAACAAGUGUAAGAGACUUGUACACAGAAAGAGAGCAAAAUCAAAACCUGAGGGUUUUCUCUUACAUGGAACUCAGUGAAGCCACGUGUGGGUUUGACAGAAAGCUUCAGAUAGGGGAAGGUGGGUUUGGUAAUGUUUAUAAGGCUACCAUUAACAACCUCGCUGGAGGAGAUUCUGAUUCUGUUCCACUUACCGUCGCCGUUAAGAGACUCAAAAAACAAAGUCAACAGGGGCACAAGCAAUGGCUUGCCGAGGUUCAGUUAUUAGGCGUUGUUAAUCACCCAAACGUAGUGAAGCUCUUAGGAUAUUGCUCAGAGGACACAGAGAGGCUUUUGGUUUAUGAGUUGAUGUCUAAUCUAAGCUUAGAGGAUCAUCUCUUCACUCGAAGAACCCUAACUUUGCCUUGGAAACAAAGGCUUGAGAUCAUGCUCGGUGCAGCUCAAGGAUUGGCUUAUUUGCAUGAAAUCCAGGUAAUAUACAGAGACUUCAAAUCAUCAAACGUGCUUUUGGAUGAUGAUUUUAAUCAAAAAUUAUCGGAUUUUGGUCUGGCUAGAGAAGGUCCCGAAGGAGACAAUACUCAUGUUACAACCGCAAGAGUAGGAACCGAGGGCUAUGCAGCUCCUGAGUACGUAGAAACCGGCCAUCUCAGGAAACAAAGCGAUAUAUAUAGCUUUGGAGUUGUUCUGUACGAGAUCAUAACUGGUCGCCGCACAGUCGAGCGAAUGAAACCUUCGGCAGAAAAAAAACUUCUAGAAUGGGUCAAACUAUAUCCUGUUAAUAGCAAAAGCUUUAUGAUGAUCGUUGACUCGAAGCUACAAAGCAAGUAUCCAGUUGCUAUGGUCAGGAGAGUAGCUAAACUGGCUGAUCAUUGUCUGAAGAAGAACGAUACAGAGAGGCCCACCAUGGCCUUUGUCGUUGAAAGUCUCAGUAAGAUCAUUGAAGAAUCAAAUACCGGAGAUAUGAUGAGUUCUGUUGGAGAAUCUACCAGAGGGGUUACGAGAGCCUAGUGGAUUGUCUUUCUUUAGAGUAGUGGAGAAUAAUUAUGGUUUCUUUGCCUUAUUUUCAAAACAAAAUGAUGUUUUUAAUGUGCAUAAAUAUGAAGUGUGAGAGUCAGAGAAGUCAAAGUAGUAAUGCUAAGCCCACAAACAAUAGAGUUCCAUUAA